AUGUCCAUCCCUCACUAUGGCGUCUGGGUAGCCUAUCCCACCCACUUCAUCGCCCAAUCUGCUCGCCAGGACCCUAAAUCCCCCCAUGUCUAUCUCAAAUUCGACCACAGCAAGGAAAACGAAGCCGCCAUCAACGUCAAGUCUCUCGACCGCGAUGGCCGUCUAGCUUUUUGGUUCCGUCGGGACUUUGACCACCCCAUCACACAACAUCUCGAGCAACUCAACCACGGCUUCCACCCUAUCCAAUCCCACCGCCGCGGCCCAGUCCAUGGCAUCGAUUAUCUCCGCACCGACGGCCUAUUCAACCCCGAAUCAGCCAAACUUCUCCCCCACGACAUCCCCGGCGCACACAACGAUGUCCUCGAUAACCUCGAGCCAAUCCUCAACGAUGCGAUCCACCAGCGGGCAACGGCGUAUAUCUUUGGCUCGUCCUAUGGAACCGGUAUCCACGAUAUCCACAUGAACCAGGGCAGUUUCCCGCAGUUUGAUAACGGGGUAUACCAAGAUGGAGCGCUCUUUUUCCGCUUCCCCGAUGGACACUGGGAGGCGGUGUUUAUGGCUUUUGCGUCGCAGAGACUUCCUACAAAUGAGGAAACGGGAGAGUUUGUGCAUGGUUCGAAGACUUUGGCGCAGAUUCUGGGAGAUGAUUAG